CAAAUUUAUUCCGGUCCGGAGCAACUCUCUUCUCUACCCGGCACGUUAUCAUUUUAUCUCGAUCGAUCCGUCCGAUAAUCGGUCGAUCGAUCGAUCGAUUCCAGCAACAAAGUUAUUUUUAGGAUUUUUGAAAAAUGUCAAGUGGGUUAGGGGAGGAAUCAACAAACAGGACGCCUCAAGGGUUUUCAUCUGCAAGCAGUAGUGGUGGUGGAAGCAAUGAUGCUGGAAAUUUUGAAUGCAAUAUUUGCUUUGAUUUAGCACAAGAUCCAAUUGUUACUCUAUGUGGUCAUCUCUUUUGCUGGCCUUGUCUUUACAAAUGGUUACACAUUCAUUCACAUUCUCAAGAAUGUCCAGUUUGUAAGGCUAUAGUAGAGGAACAAAAGUUGGUUCCUUUAUAUGGAAGAGGAAAGAACUCGACUGAUCCUAGAUCAAAGUCAAUCCCGGGUAUUAAUAUCCCAAACAGACCAACUGGACAGAGACCCGAGACAGCUCCUCCUCCAGAUGCUAACCAUUUUGCUCAAAAUGGCUUUGGUUUUAAUGGCGGCGGUGGUGGUGGUGGUAUAGGUUUAGGUGGGUUUGCUCCUAUGGCAUCUGCGAGAUUUGGGAAUUUCACAUUAUCGGCUGCAUUUGGUGGUCUUUUUCCAUCGUUGUUUAAUCUGCAGGUACAUGGGUUUCCUGAUCCUACUAUGUAUGGUGCUGCGGCUGCUGGUUUUCCUUAUAGUUUUCCUCAACAGUUUCACGGGUAUCAACAACAGCAACAUCAUCACCAUCAUCAUCAUCGUCAUCCCCAAGUUCAUCCUGGGCAGCAAGCGGAUAAUUACUUGAAGAUGUUGUUUCUAGCUAUCGGUGUGUUUGUGAUCUUAACUUUACUGUGGAAUUAGGAUUUGGUUGAAAUUUGUUGGGUUUUGCCUUUGAACUGUUGUGUAAAUGGGUAGAUGAAUUUGUUUGUCUUGUUUAUUGGCUAGAGAAGUUUUAUACUAUUGUUCUUGUUUGUUUGUCUGUAAUGCAACUCAAUACACUCUUUUCCUAUGCAAAAAAUUUGUCUUUAAA